AUGGUAGAAUGGUGCUUACCUCAAGAUAUUGACCUCGAAGGUGUUGAGUUCAAGUCUAUGGCCAGUGGGUCCCAUAAAAUCCAAUCUGAUUUCAUCUAUUUCCGAAAGGGGCCCUUCUUCGGCCUGGCCUGCUUUGCCAACAUGCCAGUGGAGAGCGAGCUGGAACGUGGCGCGCGGAUGAAGUCUGUGGGCAUCCUCUCUCCCUCCUACACGCUGCUUUACCGCUACAUGCACUUCUUGGAGAACCAGGUUCGGCACCAGCUGGAGAUGCCAGGACAUUACUCUCAUCUGGCCGCCUUCUAUGAGGACAAAAAGGGGGUGCUCCAUGCUGGUCCCGGCAGAGGCAGCAGCCUGCCCCCUGUCUACUGGCUGCCUUCCAUCCACCGAUACAUGUCUCAGUUCAUAAAGUUCUUUGGAGAACAGAUCCUCAUCCUCUGGAAAUUUGCCUUACUUCGAAAGCGCAUUUUGAUAUUUUCUCCCCCACCUGUGGGCGUGGUGUGCUAUAGAGUGUACUGCUGCUGCUGCUUGGCCAACGUUUCACUGCCUGGCAUCGGGGGCACCAUUCCUGAGUCCAAGCCUUUCUUCUACGUGAACGUGGCCGACAUCGAGAGCCUGGAGGUAGAGGUGUCCUAUGUGGCCUGCACCACAGAGAAGAUAUUUGAGGAGAAGCGGGAGCUGUAUGACGUCUACGUGGAUAACCAGAACGUGAAGACGCACCACGACCACCUGCAGCCGCUGCUGAAGAUCAACAGCGCUGACAGGGAGAAGUACCGCCGGCUCAAUGAGCAGAGGCAGAUGCUGUUGUACUCCCAGGAGGUAGAAGAAGACUACAACCCUUGUGAAGAGGACCUCUUCGUGCUAUUUUUCCUAGAACAAAACAACCGGAUAUUUCAGACUUUGUUGGAGGUGUCUGCCAGUCAAGACAAAACUCUGACAGCAGAGCAUGCCCGGGGCAUGGGCCUAGACCCCCAAGGAGACCGGAGCUUUCUCCUGGACCUGCUGGAGGCCUAUGGCAUUGAUGUCAUGCUAGUCAUCGACAACCCCUGUUGCCCGUAGGAGCCAACAGGACUGGGAGCCGCUUCAUGUGGGAUGUCAGCAGCCUGGAGUUCACCCCAGGCCCCCAGAGGGCCUCAUUUUUUAUGAAGUUGACACGAAGGAAUAUUGUUUAUACUUUCCAACAAACAUAAUUUUUGCAAUUUCCUUUCUGCCCUUUUCCCUAGAGAUAAGGUGAGAUCGCCUUGGUUUAGUGUCGUGCCAUGUUAGGAUAUUGGAAUCUGCCACUUUCUCCCAGAGCUGCUGGUCCUUUGGGCUUGGUCAUAGGAGUUGUAUCACUAGGAGUGGGCUGAGCUCUGGAAAUAUUGGGAUGCACUGUUCAGAAAGUUUGUGCGGUCUUUGUCCCUUGACGUAUUUGAGAAUAAGACAACCAUCUGUCCUCUGUGGCUUUAAGAUGUUCAUCUGCCUAAAGGCAGAAACUAGACCGGAUGAUCUUUUAAAGUUUUUAGUAGCUCUAGGAGUCUUGGGAUCAAAUCCCUUUUCUUGUUCACUGGGGCAACUUUAUGUCUUCUCUGUUUACUUGAGUAGGGACCACAAAGAAGGAAAAAAGGAUGUUUCUGACACCAAAUGGGAGCUUAUCUUACGGUCAGAAUGACAGAGGUUGCUUAUCAGUGAGCUGAAGACUAAAAUUGUAGAUUGAAGCCGUGAAACCUUCCUCAAAGUAACUUCAUGGUGGCCAUGCAAGUAAUGUUCCUCUUUCUCUAAACCCCUCCUCUUGGGAUGAAUUGGUGAACUGUUAAGGGCCAGUGCUGGCCUUGGAGCUUGCAAGCAAAUUAAUUUUCCAAUUUAGUCUCUUAAGGGUUCAAUAUGCUCUUGGAGUAAGGGGUAUUUUUAAAGGCUGAAGUUUGGGCUGCUGGAGGAUAGAGCAGUUGAAGUUCGAACAGGAUGGAGAAGUCACUCUAAGUCUCUUCAUCUGGACAUGAGUUCUCUGGAGGCAUUAGCAGUAGCAACUCUGAAUCAACACAGAUUUUCUGGAUUCCGAAAUCUAGCAAGGAUCUGAGCUGGUUAACUCAGAGGGUGGAGCAUGAUGCUAACAAGACCGUUCAUCAUUUUGGACCCCUCACAAACACACUUUUCUUUAGCAGAGGUGACAUUCCUUAGGCUAAAUCUUUGGAUCCAGGGACAUAACAGAUUUGUUGAGAGAAAAUGUGGCAGUGCCUUCACCCAGGACAGUGGUCAGGAAGCCCCGAGCAUCACUGAUGGAUUUAUCCAUUCUCUUCUGAAGUGCUCUGCUCUAGGCUGGGUCCCAUUUUCACCUGCCUGUCCUCUGAUUGGCUUUUGCAGGAGGGCAGCUUACGUGUUUGUCAACCAGUUAGAAAGCCAGUUCCUGUGGGUUGAGUUUAGGCCUUCUUAGCCAUGAUUGAGAAUUUUGACUUGGGAUACUGGGUUGCUGGUGACAAAUAAUGUCUUCCUCUUCCCCCUUCCCGCCUGGCUCGAUUAUGGGAAUAGCCGUCAGUGCAUCUACAUCUGUGACCAAGACCCAGCCAGACUAACAUACACGGCAGAGAGAAAUAACAUUCAAAUGGUGGGUCACACAUCUCAUCUCAAGAUAAGGUGCUUAGGGUUCACUGCUUUAUUCAAAAGUAUUUUCACUGUAGCUCCUUCAUAUGGAAUAUCAAAACUGAAGAAAUUCACACGUGGACAUGCAAAUAGACAUUGAUUAAUCAAGGUAGCAUCUUUAUGUAAAUAUAUAAAUAAGUUUGGGCAUUGAAAUGUAAACUGUACAGCUAAUACACGUCUCCUCUGCAGUGUUGGUCGCUGUCAUUUCAGUAAUGUAGAUGUUUACAAAAGAAAAAAACAUCCGUGUUUCGAGGUUGAA